AUGAAGUCUCGUCAACUUUGCUCCUCCUUGCUUCUGUUUUCAUCAGGGCUGAUGAGCCUGGUUCAAGGACAGAGUUGCACGAGCGGCCACUUGUACUGUGGAUAUACGUUGAAAAAUAUGGGUUGGAGCAAGAACGAUCUUAUUGCCGCUGUAACCGAUGACCCCGAGCCUAGCCAAGGCGCUAUUGAUCAUCCAAACCAAGCUCUGUUCCAGUGUCUCGAUUCUGAAGAGGGCAUUUUUUAUAUUGGUUAUUGUAAUGAGGGUUGUGACGCGAUGGAUGAUGGUUAUGACGAUAUUUUGCGCAUCAGUGUCAAAAAUCUGGACAAAGGUAUGUAUCUUGAAGCCCCAGGCACAGGUUCCUAG